AUGAGCUCAGUUUAUGGUAACCUCGCAAAGAUGUUGAAGGCUUUGGCCACAGUUGGUGUACUAUUGAUGAUUAUUGCAGCAGAUACAGUGAUAGUGGUUGUGCAUGCUCGUAAACAUGUGCGUGUUAUAAAUGACUUGGGUAAUGAUGUUUUUCUCUAUCUCCAUUGUCGAUCAUCGGAUGAUGAUCUUGGCGAGCAUGUUCUUGAGUAUCAACAAUACCAAGAAUGGUCCUUCCAAAACAACCUUCGCGGUACUACUCUCUUUUGGUGCUCCUUGCAAUGGGGUUAUGAAGAACACUACAUUGAAGUUUACAAUUACAAAAAAGAUAACAAAUAUUGUGGUUCCUAUUGCUGGCGAAGUAUUAGAACCGAUGGAGCAUAUUUUUAUAUAGAGCCUUUCCAGCACUGGGAGCGCAGAUACUCGUGGUAUGUCAAACAGCUACAAGUAUAA